AUGGCAUCGCCGAGCGUUCCAGGCACUGCAGUCGCAAAGCCCCUCGAGAACAUUACCGCCAUUCAGAAUGAAAUUGACGCCCUGAAAGAAACUAACCAGGACCAGUUUCCCGUCGAUUCGGCUGUACUCAAAGUGCUACCGCAAGAUAUUGAACGCGCCUAUGGGCAGCGACAUGGACAAUCCGGUUGGUCAUUCACUGCCAAGGUAGUGACGGUUCAAAACGGCACAACAAUCCCAUAUUUCUUGAAGUAUGUACCAGGUGAGCUCGGUCGACAGCAGCUCUUCGGGGAGUUUACUGGCAUGACGGAGCUCUGGAAGCUUUCGCCCGAAUUUGUCAUCAAGCCGAUCGCCUGGGGGAAGCUCGCCGACACAGGAAACGACUGGUACUUCUUGCUCAUGGAGUUUAAAGACUUUUGCUCCCAGCUGGUCGAUCCGAGCAAGCUGGCAAAGAGAGUGGCAGAGCUGCACCGGCGCAGCCAGGUCCAAGCCGAUGCCACGGGCGGCAAGUUUGGCUUCCCUGUCCAGACCUUUGACGGGGCUCGGCUGCAGUCCGUAGGCUGGGACGCCAACUGGGCGUCAUUUUUCUCCAAACUUUUGGCAGAAGCGCAUCGUCAGGACACAGAGGCCAACGGUGUAUGGGCCCCUCUGCAAAAGGCGCACCAGCAGGUUCAGUCUCGUCUGAUCCCGCGUCUUUUGGGCGUGCCUGAGCAAGAUGGAAGCAAGAUCGUGCCGACCUUGAUCCACGGAGACAUGUGGGAGGGCAACGUGGGCACAGAUGCCGUGACCAAGGAGCUUUGGAUUUUUGACUGUGCAGCCUACUACGGCCAUCACGAGAUGGAAAUGGGAAUGUGGAGGGCGGCGAGGCAUGUCUUUAGCCGCGACGGCUACAUUUCCGCUUAUUUGAAAGAGUUUGGCGACCAUGACGACGAGACCGGGGAUCGCAUCAGACUGUACAGUGCAAAGACCAACUUGAUGUACUCGACCUGUGUUCCAAACGCCCAGUCUCGUAUUGACGUCUUGAAUGACUUUCGCUACUUGCUCAACAAAUAUGGUUUCGAAGUUGAAGAUUGA